UGCAAUUUCUUAGCUGAUCUCCCUCUUGAAUAGCAUCGAUUCUUGUCUAUUUCUCUCAAAAUAAUUUUUUUUGUUUGAAAACAAAUUAUAAUCUCACUUUCUUUCGUUUUCUCUUCUCCCAAACACUCUAUCGCUAACAUGAAAGGAGAAAAAACAAAAAAAUAAGAAAUAUUAUUGUGUAGCUCGUUCCGUGAUGAAGAUCUGGGGUGUCCAACGCUUUCUAGCUCCAAAUCGAAGUUUCUAAUUUCUUAUGUUUUUAUUAAUUACUAAAGCUAUUUCCCUAAGCUUAAAUCUGCUGUGUUUUCAAAGGAAUUGGUUUUUGGAACCUGAUUUUCAUUCGAUCUGCGCGGAAAACUUUGGUUGAGCUGUGUUUUGCUUAUGCGAAGAAAAUAAAAUGGAGGCAGUUGUUUUUGGCGAUUUAUCGUGUUUGGAUGCGGAGCUAUUGCAUCUCCAGGAGAUGUCUCCUUUCGCUCUUAAAUCAUAUCCUGAAUUCACUCAAAAGCUUUUCGAGCAGUGGCUUUCGCUUCCCGAUGCUAACAAGCUGGUGACAUCAUUGGUUAAUGAUGCAAAGGCGGGCAAUCCCUUGAAUGUUCCUGGAAAUGCUUCCAGUGGAGGGUCUCCCUCAAGCCAUUCUUUACCUUCCAUGUUUCCUGCUGGAAGUGCUCCUCCCCUUUCACCAAGAAGUACAUCCGGUUCCCCUCGUAUAACAAAACAAAGGCCCGGUCCUUCAAACUUGGGUUCCCCACUGAAAGUAGUUAGCGAACCUGUGAAAGAAUUUAUACCUCAGUUUUACUUUAAAUACGGUUGUCCACCUCCGAAUGACCUAAAAGAACAAUAUAUGUCUCGAAUCAGUCAGUUCUUCGCUGGCCACCCAAAUGGACUGCAGCAGCGAGAAUUCAAACUUGUGACCAAGGAAGUAUGCAAGCUGCCUUCAUUUUUCUCCACGUCGCUUUUCAAAAAAAUUGAUGUUGAUGGCACUGGUUUGGUUACAAGAGAUGCAUUUGUGGAUUAUUGGGUCAAUGGAAACAUGUUGGCAAAGGAUUUAACAACCCAAGUUUAUGCCAUACUAAAUAAACCAGAUCUCAAAUACCUUGCUCAGGAGGACUUCAAACCUCUACUCCAAGAACUAUUGGCAACUCAUCCAGGGUUGGAAUUCUUACAGAGUACACCUGAGUUCCAGGACAGAUAUGCUGAAACUGUUAUAUACAGAAUAUAUUACUACAUAAAUAGAUCUGGGAAUGGUCGACUCACCCUUAGAGAGUUGAAACGUGGGAACUUGAUUGAUGCCAUGCUACAUGCUGAUGAGGAAGAGGACAUUAAUAAAGUGUUGAGGUACUUUUCGUAUGAACAUUUUUAUGUAAUAUACUGCAAGUUUUGGGAGCUGGAUACAGAUCAUGAUUUCCUGAUUGACAAGGAGAACCUCAUCAGAUAUGGUAACCAUGCGCUUACCUACCGGAUUGUUGAUAGAAUAUUUUCUCAGGUUCCUAGAAAGUUUACUAGUAAGGUUGAAGGAAAGAUGGGGUAUGAAGAUUUUGUUUACUUCAUCCUUGCAGAGGAGGACAAGUCAUCUGAGCCUAGUCUUGAGUAUUGGUUCAAGGGCAUAGAUUUGGAUGGCAAUGGAGUUCUAACUCGUAAUGAAAUGCAAUUCUUUUAUGAGGAGCAGUUGCAUCGAAUGGAAUGCAUGGCACAAGAGCCUGUACUAUUUGAGGACAUCUUAUGUCAGAUAAUUGACAUGAUUAAACCAGAGAAUGAGAGCUUUGUCAUGCUGCGUGACCUGAAAGGUUCUAAACUUUCUGGAAGUGUUUUCAAUAUCCUUUUCAAUCUUAACAAAUUCAUGGCCUUUGAAUCUCGUGAUCCAUUCCUCAUUCGUCAGGAGCGUGAGAAUCCUACGUUGACAGAAUGGGACCGUUUUGCACAUCGAGAAUAUAUUAGGCUUUCAAUGGAAGAUGACAUUGAAGAUGCCUCUAAUGGAAGUGCAGAAGUUUGGGAUGAAUCCCUUGAGGCUCCCUUCUGAGUUGAAUAGGGUGCUCAGAGAAGGGCUUAACAGACUUCUAUGCUGGGCACCAGAAAUAGUAAUGUUGCAUCAAAUCAACGAGGAAGCUUACACCGGGUCUCAUUGGAGGAAUUUAGGAUGUACUUUUGACACACCAGUGACGGAUUUUCAGGCCUUUGCAUGUGCAUGGUUCAAUUAAACAUGAUGAAUCACGCAAGUGGAGACCGACUUUAUCUAAGCACUUCCCUCAUCGACGAGUUCUUUUGCUGGGAGGUGAGGAUUAAAAUCCAAUUUUAAAAAGGUUCUGAACGAUAGUUAUUUCCCCAUCCACUCUCAAUUUCUAAGAUACGAUCCAAGUCUGUCCGUUCCUUCUUUGUGUCCCGGUUGCUUCAUUUCAUGCUUUGAAUGCUAUAAUUGAGCGUAGCAAUUUUGGUUUGGAUUGGAUCAUGGUCGUCGAGCAAUUCAGAUUUAGUUGUUUUCCCUUUUCAUUUUAAUUUAGGGUUCUUUGCCAGUUAGUUGUGCUAUUAUGAACAUAAUUUAAGCAAUUGGCUUAUUUAUCUGUGAAAUUCAAAAUUUCUGUUGUUUGUUAUUGAAUAAAGAGGUGGGAGUUUGUAUAGAAGUUCC